GUCGGUUUAUUAAGCAUAACUGGAUUAAGAACAUGCCAAGGUCAUGGGUUUGAUUCCCAAGAAAUGCAUGAACCAAGAGAGAGAGAACAAAAAACAAUAUGUAUGCUUACAGUAUUUUAAGUAUAUCCAUGAACCUGAUACUUUCAGCCUGAAGUGGAAGAAAAUAGAAUUUUUAGAAGGUUUGGAACUAACUUUUUCAAAAGAUAAAAUGCAAUGAAUAUAAUUUUCUUCAAAUUUUUAGACACUUUUUUUUUUUUUUUUUUUUUGAGAAUGGAGAAACAUCUCGCCUCUUUUUUUUCUUUGGAGGCUUCAUGUUCAAGCAAUGGAAGGAAAAGUAUCUGGUGUUGACAGUGGAAGGAAAUCUGAUGGUGUGCCGAGAUGCAGACUCACCUCCGGACCAGGUGGUGGCACUGCAGAGUAACUGUGAGUCCAUAGUGGAGGGUAAAGAAAUCUUGGACUUGCCCCGUUUGCCCUCUGGAGGCCGCAGAGACAGCUGCUUCGCCCUCAUCCUGCCCCAAGACAAGUUCCUCCUCCUGCUGUCAGACAGUCCAGAUGAAUGCAUUCAAUGGCUGAAGUUACUCAGGAAGGUGAAAGAGGGUGUGACUUCACCACUUGCCCUGAAGAGACAGCAAAGCAUCACACCAUGCAUCACGGACAGGGAACCUCUUCCAGACAUCUCUAGUGACAAAGACCCCUCAUCCCCGCGAGUCCACUCCAGAGAAAACUCCUUCAGACAUAGAGGCAGCAUAAACCAGCGGCCUCCCCGCAGCCCCACCGUUGUUCCGCCCCUUCACUCUGCAGACUGUCUGCGCCACGGGAACAGCAGUGAUGCCCGGGCUGUGAGAGCGGUCUGUCUGCUGAUGGGUGGAGCAGCCGCAUCCUCAGCGCUGGGCUACCUAAACUCCUGUCCACCCACCUCCUCUAACAUGGCCAUCCAUGCUCCUGAAAUCACCCACUCCACGGCUUUCUCGGAGAUGGGGGGAGGCAGUUCUUACCACGCCUGUAGCCAAGCCAUAGAGUCACCACACUUUAACAGCUUCGACUUUGAGGGAGACUCUGAUUUUGAUGCUUUUGACUGUGGAGGGUUUGCUUUUUAAUGGAAUUUAUUUACAUUAUUCACAGGGUUCCCACAGUCAUGGAAAAGUUGGAAAUGUUAGCCAAUUUGAAAAUUUACUUUUUUUUUUGAUAGCAAACAACUGGAAAAGUCAUACACAUUCAUUGGUCAUAAGAUGUUGCAAUGCAAACAGUUUGAAUUAGAAUGUGAAGAUGCAACUGAUUAUAUUCAAAAAUGAAGCCUAUUUUUAGGACCAUUAUGAUUUUAUGUAUUGUCGUAUUAUGUUCAUGAGAAUUUAGCACAUCCCCCUUAUACAAAAUACUAUUUGUUAUAUUUUAUUUUCAUUUUUGUUUAAAAUAUGUCCCAGAAAUCUUUUUGGCAGGUUUUGUGUGAUUCAUCCAACUCAUAUGUUGUGGCUAUUGUAUGUUUCAGUAUAAUAUAUUAUUAUAUUAUUAUAUUAUAAUAACUUCCAUUUAUAAAUCAUUAACAAACAUUAUAUAAUGCUUAACAGAUCAUUAGUUCAUAUAUAUUCACAUAGCUAGAAAUAUGGGAUAAUGUUCUUGUUAAUGUUUACUAAUGAAGUUACUAAGUUACCUAAUGAUUGACAUAUGAUUAUUUAAUGUACACUGAAAUGCUUAUAAAUGUC